AUAGUCAGUCAUCUCUCCCACUCAAAACACAAUCUCCUUUUGUCAUUGUCUCUGUUACCCAUGGCGACUCUUCCUCUCCCUAUAACCACUACAAUCUCUCUCCCUAAACCCUGCAUAUCCAACUCCUUCUCCUUCCCGUUUCGGAACGUGAGUCUCUCGACAAGAACUCGCCGGAUGUAUCUCACCGGAGGAGUCGUUUCUCGGUCGUAUAAAGUGGUGGUGGAGCAGGACGGAAAGACGACGGAACUGGAGGUUGAACCGGACGAGACUAUUUUAUCGAAGGCUCUUGAAUCGGGGAUGGACGUGCCGUACGACUGCAAUCUCGGCGUGUGUAUGACUUGUCCGGCGAAACUCGUGACCGGAACGGUGGAUCAGAGCGACGGGAUGCUAAGCGAAGAUGUGGUGGAACGUGGCUACGCGCUUCUAUGCGCGUCUUAUCCAACUUCUGAUUGUCACAUUAAGAUGAUCCCUGAGGAAGAGCUCUUGUCUCUACAGCUCGCAACAGCUAACGACUAAACAAUGGUCGUUAGUGCACGGUGUGGUUUUGUAAUUAGUGCACGGUGUGGUUUUGUAAUGAAUCUUGUCACUUGAUUUUCAAACAUUCAGAAGGGUUAAUGAUAUAGUCGUGCAGACUAUGAAAGUGCUUUGAUAUAAUGUGUCUUGGCAUGUAACGCUAUUAAUCAUUGUGUGUGAAAUUAAUAUACAUGUCCUAAUAAUCAAUGAUGGCGUUGGCGAUCAUGA